CCUCAGCCCCCUAGGUCAGCAUCAUGAUACCAUCCACUUUCGUCAACUCUUAUGUCCAGAUCCCUUCUGUGAGGUGUGUAAUAGCACAACGGCUGAGGUCAAUCGGCUGCUGUUCUCAGAGGCCCUGGAAGAUGCUACUCCCUCCGUGAUCCCCUUGGUUUCCACAGCUCCUGUGACUGACUCAUCCUUCACUUCAUUCCCUGACUUCUCAGCAGUCCGUUCAGGAGACCUAUUACCAGUGCCUUUGCCUGAGCCUUCCCCACCCCACCCCACUAUCUUCUCACCUAACCCAGUGACCUCUUUAGCUGACUUUUUCUUACCCUCACCCCCUGGGCAGUCCCUGCCACUAGAGCCAAAUACCUUGGAUUCUGAAUUCCCAGUGACCCAUUCCAUACCCCAGCCCCUCGCCUUUCCCCCUCUCCUACUACAUGACAUUCAGAAAGGGGAUCCUGUCGUCCAACUAGAGGCCACUUUACCUCUGAAUACCAUCUCUGCUCUUGACCCCACCAUUUCACAAGAUAUCACCCUCUUACCAAAUCUGUCCCAGGCAAGGAAUCCCACUGAUUCGUUUGCUUGUCAUCAUACACCACCAACCUUGUCUGUUUUACCACCGCCAGACUGCACUUUAACUGUGACUCAAUCUAAAUCAAUGUCCAUCUCAAUGAAGCCUGAUCCUGUGAAGUCAUCUCCAGAUAGCCCUGGUAGGUUGUCCACUUAUGUCCCAACAAUUAGAGGUAGUGACUGCUCAAGCCUGUCAGUUUCAGAAUUCUCCUGUUGUCAGGCUCAGGCCAAGAACGUGUACCUUCCCACAUCAGCACACUCCAAUUUUCAGCAAGAGCAAGUUUACCUCCAUCUACCAGAAACCUAUCUCUGGAGAGACUCUGCUACUAAGCACAAGGAGGUCAGUGCAAUUUCUUUCCCUGGCCUUCACUUCCAGGCACUCUUGGAGAGAGAAAUGAAGAAUAGAAUGGCUUUCCAGAUUUUAAAGAAGAAAGUAAAAGAGGAGGGGCCAUUUUCCAAACAAAUGUGGUCAGAAUACCAAUGGACAUCUGAAGGGAAUUUGCUGCAGCCAUUUGAUGUACAGGUCACCACAGCCCCCCAAACUGGCUGGAAUAUUGAAGGCAAACCAGAGCAGCUGCACAUUUAUCAGCAGCUCCUCCACGUCAAGUCUUUGGGGGAGAACUUGCCUCAGAAAUAUAGCCAAUUCUUCUGGGGUCUUCCUUCUUUGCACAGUGAGUCCUUAGUAGCCACUCUCCUGUUUUCUAGUAGUACUUCCCCACUAGGGUCUCACUUUGUCUUAUUCAAUGGAAUUCAUAAUACCUCUGCAGUCAAAAUGCACAAUCUAGUAUCUGCACCACUUUCUCGUUCCCAUCACCUUCCUCUCCCCAGUGUACAUCUCCAACCCUUGCCUCAAACCCUGUUCCAAUCCCAGCCCCUACCUUUCACUCAGGUGAACACCCAGGCCCAUUUUCAAUCCCGCCUCCCAAUCAUACCAUCUUCUUCAUCCCAGGUUAGGGACUGUGGAGUGUCUUUCCAUAGAUCCAAGAAUGAGUCAGACUCUCAUACCUUGACUGAACAUCAACACCUGGAAUGCCAUCUGUUGCAGAAGCAACAGGAAAGCUUGUGGGGUUUAGUCCCUGUGUUCCAGAAAUCUCAAGAAACCAUUUGUCCUCGAGCUCCCAACCUUCCAUUGGUUAGCCGGUCAUCCCAUGCCCACGUACCAGUCUCCAUCCUUCCUGGCCAUUUUCAUAUCACCUGUGAACCCCAGGACACAUGGGAGUUACAUAGUCCAAGGGAGGUAAUCCCAUGCUCCUGCCCCCAUGACUGUAGAAACCUAGAGUCCCUAGCACUGAUGGAGCCUCAGUGUAAAUUAACAGGAAUCUCUCAGCGAAAAAGCAGACAUGUUCACUCACAAUUCUAUGAGCUUCAGGGCCAUAGUAGCAAGGAUCUAGCAAAGACUGAACUGAAUCUCUCAGGAAGAUUCCGUGAGAGGGUCCCAAGAAAGUCCCAGCUAAGGAAGGAUAUGAGGAGGAAUCUUGGGUAUAUCCUAGAGAAGAGCCCACAAAGGGUCUCAGAAUGCUACCUAGUGAAGGGUCGCAGGGCUGCCUUGGAGACAACAAGUAACUGUGUGUGUCAUUCAAGGAAUCACUCAGGGAAUGAAUUAUUAAAUGUCUCAAGGAAGGAGACAGACCAGAAUCAAAUCAAAAGCGCUCUUAGAUUAUAUAUGAGCAAGAAGUUUUGGCAGAUCACAGCGGGUAGGAUUCCUAUAGGUGUGUGUUAUUCAUGGCUGGCUGAUGACAAUACAUUGCCUUUCUCUGGGAGUUCCCAGACUACCUCAGAAAACACAAAUUCAAAAAAGACUCUGGUGGGUAGGGUUUACUGCCAGGUCACCACUCUAGGACUUUCUUUUCUUGAUCCCAAUACACGACAGGUACUAGAGGCACAUAUUAUAAGAUUUCGCAUGAGUCAGAGGUGGGGUCUACCCCUCAGGGUUCUUGAAUCCAUAAAAUUCUCUAUGUUGAGAGAAGCCAAAACAUGGCCUCUUCCCCAAGUUGACUUUCCCUCCUCAGCCAUGCAUAUUUCUGGGGUGGAUUCCAAAGCUGAGUUUUUUAAACCCCUUGAGGGAAGCUCCAAAACUUUUUUGGGAAACAGGGUGAGAACAGCAAAUUCAGUCCCCACCCUGGAUCAUCCUCUCCCUACUAUGUUAUCUGUGGGCAAUGCAGGACGGGGGGUCCUGAAGGCAUCACACUCUCACACUGACCAUAGUCCUGCCCAGUGUAUCCAGAUACCUGAGUGUGGCAGCCAGACUUUUCAGCCCCUUACACACAGCAUCGGAGCUCAGGUCAGACCCAGUGAGACUGUACCAGAAAACACAUGUGGCCCAGAGGUGCCCACAAGGCAAGCUGCGGCUGGACAUGAGCCAAGGCAUGAGAAUGUGGGUUCCAGCAACAGAGUAGAAAUGGUACAGGGCAAAGUGAUGGUGGAGAAGAAUUUAGAAGAAUUUGCCAUGUCCAACCUGUCCACGGAUAUAUUCGACACCGAGGAGCUCCGUACUCUUCAAUCCCAAUCUUGUGACACCUUGACAACCAAAUGAACAGUUUCCUCCUGAAAGUUACUUCAGAAAAAAGAUGAGGCACUUUCUUC